UACGAGGAUGAUAUUUGUCUGAUUGGGUCCAGCCUGUAAACGGUAAUCUGUGUCCGUACAGAUUAUAAAGCUCGUCCUAUAAAAAAAUGAAAUGACGGAAGGCUUCCAAGCUGUAAAGGAGGGUUAAAAUCGUAACUUUAACCUUAUUAGACGACACCUCUCGUCACUCGUCACUCCUUUGCUUUCCACAAGUGAGGUUUUUCAUUUUUUGAAAAUGGCGGCGAUGAGAUACAAAGGAAGCGUUUUUAUCACAUUCAUCUUCUUAUCCGUCUUCCUUCUUCAGUGCCCACUUGCUCACUCUUCUUCUACAAAAUUGUUCUGGUUAGCAGAAACAGAAGAUAUGAAUGCCAUGAAAAAGGAGCAUGAGAUUGAUGUUGGAUCAGCCAGUGAAGCUGAAGAAAGAAAAGUUCCGACUGGAGCCGACCCUCUCCAUCAUCACCACAUUCCCUUUGCUUCUCCAUAGAUUAGUUGCCUUUACAUCUUUUGUUUCCCAUAAUUCACACUGUAACACGUUUUACAAUCCAGAUUUUGGUUUUGUUUUUCCGAAUGUUAAUUAAAUUUCCUGUUAUAAAAUGAUUAUUUGUUAGUCUGUAACAUCCAAUGACGAACGUAUCAAACGUUUUUGUCAUCUUCUUAGAAAUAUUGUCGCCAAAAUAUUUGUGGAUGUUAUCUUUCAAAAAGAUAUAUAUAUAUAUAUAUAUUUGUGGAUGUUUAGAUAAUAUUUGUUAAUGCUGAGAAAAACACUUAUAAAAAUGAUAGCUCUUUAUGAGAUUAAUAAAUCACUUUAAUUUAAACAAACCAUAUAUUUUAAUUUUUAAUUUUGAUAUUUACAAACAUUAAUUAGUCUCUUAUCUUCUUAUUUAUGAAGUAAAUACAAGAAGAUAAGGAAUUUGUGGUAGGAAAUCUUAAAAUACUUUAUCUAAAAUCCUGGUCAAUUUUUUUUUUUUAGAAUUGCUUACCUUGUAUGUUGGUCAAAAAUAAUCCUGAUUAUAGAGAUUAUAGAUCUAAAUCUCUAAAAAUUAAAACAUUAUCUUGUGUAUUUAAGUAUGAUAUAUAGCAAGAUGAUCUAAUUAUAUUGUAGAUCUUAAUUGAAUGUACAGUUGAAAAUUUUCAAUAUUAUACAUUUUUUGAAAAACUAUUAGAGUAGUUUAUUAAAAACCGCUGAAGUAGUUUAUUUUGGUGCGUUACAAGUAAUCGUUGAAUUAGUUUAUUUUGGCAUGAGAACAUAAAAUAAACUGAAACAUUAUUUUAUAUUUAAAUAUUAUAUUUAUAAAGGUGACUGAAUUAAUUUGUAAAUUUUAACUGAAUGCACGGUUAAAAAGAUUUUGAAAAACCGUUAAAAUUUAUUAGAAAUCAUUGAAGUAGUUUAUCUUGUCGCGCUAUAAAUAAAGAUGAUUGAACUAAAUUGUGGAUUUUAAUUGAAUGCACAGUUAUUUUUUUUAUUUUUUGAAAAAUCGUUAGAAACCGUUGAAGUAGUUUAUCUUGUCGCUCAAUAAGUGACCGUUAAUUUAGUUUAUUUUGGAGCGAAAACAUAAAUAAACCUUCUUCUU